AUGUCAACGGAGCUGUUGAUUAACUUUCAAUCCUCAUUGGAUUUUGGACGAAAUGGCAUGUACCGGAUGCUGUCGCAACGACUCACCGCCCAGGAUGGAGUCUAUGGUUGGAGACCCUGCAAGAUAUGGCUGCCAAUCGAUGUUGUCAUUUUCAAUCUGGUUUGUCUGAAUGAACGUCUGAAGGUGUGGGCACCUCAGAAUGAUUGUACCCAAUGGUUAGGGCGCGAACUUACUGACCGGACAGUCCGUAGUUCGAACUCAGUCCAAGCAUCUCGACUGGUUCUGUCUAGACUUGGGCAAUGCGGCAGUGCCUCGGCCCUCGUCCUUUCUUUGGGUGGCAUGGUAGCUAGGCACCGAAAGGGCGGGAUUAACGAGGGCGCGAACUUACUGACCGGACAGUCCGUAGUUCGAACUCAGUCCAAGCAUCUCGACUGGUUCUGUCUAGACUUGGGCAAUGCGGCAGUGCCUCGGCCCUCGUCCUUUCUUUGGGUGGCAUGGGAAACUUUAUCGAGGACUUCAUGGUGGGUAAAAUCCCCCAGAAUGAGAAGGAUGAAGUUUACACAUGAUCUGCUCAGGAGUCGGACUGAUGUCUCACGCCGUUGGAUUUUUUCUCUAAACUAG